AUGCCGAUGCAGCCGGUCCCGCCGGCCCAGCAACUGCAUAUGCAUGGCGGGUGUGGAGCCCCACAGCCCUUCUUCAGCCAGCCCUUCUGCGCCAGCGCCGGCCAGCUGUGCUCGCAGCCCGCUAUGUAUUCGCCGCAGCAACAGUACGGCAUGCCGCAGCAGUGCAUAAUGGACCCGGCAUUGCCCCCCUUCAUGCAGGGCAUGGCUCAGCCAGGAGGCUCCAUCCACCCUGCCCAGUGGGAGCAGCAGGCCUACUGCUACCCGCAACCCGCCGGUGCAUACGGCGCCAUCCCGCCCCUCUGCGGAGGCGCAGGCACCGUCUCCGGCGCCACCUCUGCCAGCCGCAAGUCAUUCAAGGCGCUUUCGGCGGCCGAGGUUAACGAGCUCAAGACGAAGCUCGUCAAGACCGACAUCGUCCCCUUCAUCAACCGCUUGUGGAGGAAGGCGUAUCGCAGAGGCGAAAUCUUCCGCCGGCUCCACGGCUUCUGGGCCAGCGGGUCUCGCAGCCAGCUCGUCGCCGACAUCGCAGCAGGCGACAGCGCUCUGCUCGAGGCCGACACGUGGCUCGCUGACGCCAUUGGCAGCUGCCUCGACCGCUCCGCCGCCGCCGUCGAGCUCUUCUUCCGCCGUCCCGAGAGCAACGACCUGUAUGCCGAGGCACAAGGCGUCACCACGCUCCUCCGCAUCGCCGCCCUCGCACGCCACGAGCCAGGCGCCGCCAUGACGCAGGCCGAGCAAGCCUUCGACGACAGCAAGCCCCUCUUCAUGGGCAUGGGCAACGACGAGGCGCUGCUCGCCGUCACGCAGAUCGCCAGCGAGUUCGGCAUGCUCAGCGACCGCUGCCGCAAUACGCUCGACGUCUACCGCGCCAUCGCCGACAAGCUCCCCGCCGAGCGACUUUUGUGA